UGAAGAUACAGUUCACGUACUCUUGUGACGUCAUGCCCUGCCCAGGCGCAGUGCUGUCUAGUGUAGUGGUUUACAUAGGCUACUCCUUCUAAGGAGAGAGGCUGUCAUACCGGAGGAGAGACCGUUAUACACGAAAGAGAGAGUAUGUGAGGGGAGAGAGAGGGUUGAUACGUGAGGGGAGAGAGAGGGUUGAUACCUGAGGAGAAAGUUUAUACCAGGAGAGAUAUCGUUUAUACCGGAGGAGGAGAGAUAGUUUAUAUUGGAGGGGGAGGAGAAAGUUUAUAUUCAAGGACAGAUUAUUAUGCUGGAGGCAGAUAAAGUUUAUACUGGAGGAGGAGAGAGAGAUUAUACUGGAGGAGGAGAGAUAGUAUAUACUGGAGGAGGGGAGGGAUUAUACUGGAGGAGGUGAGAGAGUUUAUACCAGGAGAGAUAGUUUAUACCUGGGGAGGAGAGGUAGUUUAAACCGGGGGAGGAGAGAUAGUUUAUACCAGGGGAGGAGAGAUAGUUUAAAACGGCGGAGGAGAGAUAGUUUAUACCGGGGGAGGAGAGAUAGUUUAUACUGGAGGAGGAGAGAGUUUGUCCGUGGAGCGAUAGUUUAUACCGGAGAAGUAGGGAGUUUAUACCAGGGGAAAGAUGUCGUCUGCUGGGUCAGACCGAGACCAGGAUGCGGGUGCGGGAGUUAACGCAUGGCCCAGGGGACUGCCCCCCCACACCGUGUUCGUUAUCCUGGAAUCACCGGGAUCCCUCAACCUGCAGAGGGUCCUACCAGAGUCUGGUAUCGUUGUUGAUAUGGAAGAAGAUCUUCUCCCUCAGGACUCCUUCUACCAGAUAAAGAGCCAGCCUAUCAGUUCUCCAGCGAUGGCCUCCUGCUUCUCCUCCUCCUCUUCAACACUCAUGUCCACCGUGACAUCCAGGGUCCUCCUGCGCCAGGAGUUGAUGCGGCAGCAGGUGAGGGAGGAGGACCGGAAGGAGGCGCAGCAGCAGUCCCUGCACCUCCUCACCUGCUCCUCUCCACCCAUCCCCCUCUCCCCCGGUCCCCCGCCCUGCCCUCCCCCUCAGGUCCCCCUGGAGGUGCUCAAGGUGCAGACUCACCUGGAGAACCCCACCAGGUAUCACCUCCAGGAGGCCCAGAGACAGCAGCUCAGGCACUACUGGGCAGCCACUGCAGCCAAUCGCUGCACUCCCCUACUGCCCGGCACCGCCUCCAAGCUUGUUCCCGACCCCUCCCCCCCCAGUGCUCCCCUUCAAGUUCUCAGUCUCGCCACCAAAAUAGAGUCAUCUGAUUUGUUGAUUGAGAUCAAGGACACAGUGAACGAUGACAUCAUCAGUCUGGAGUCCAGCUUCAACGAGGACUUCCUCAUCCACUCUCAACCAGACAUGCUGCUGGAUGUGUACAGCAGUGCUGGGUCAGACGACCCCAGCAUCACCACUAGCAAGAGUUCCCUUGGCAACCUGGAGUCUGCAAAGAGGGAGCCUCAAGAAGUGGAGACCAAAGUACUAGCAAAGGAACGUCAGAAGAAAGACAACCACAAUCUCAUCGAGAGACGGCGGAGAUUCAACAUCAACGACCGGAUCCAGGAGCUCGGGGCUAUGAUCCCAAGAUCAGCUGACCAGGAGCUGCGCUGGAACAAGGGGACCAUCCUGAAGGCUUCAGUGGAUUACAUCCGCCGGCUGCAGAAGGAGCAGCAGAGAGCCCGAGACCUGGAGGUCCGACAGAGGACCCUGGAGAACAGCAACAGGACCCUGGAGCUACGAGUCCAGGAGCUGGAGCUCCGGGCAGGUAGCCUGUCAUCUCUCUCCAGCUGCUCCAGCAUCUCCUCCCUUCACCCCACCUUUGCCUCAUCAGCUCCUGCUAUGGCGGCCAUGUUGAACCCGCCCCUGGUUUCCAUGGUGAGCACGCCUCCUGACCAGGAGCCCUUGAGUUUUGCGGAGAUGGAGGACCCCCGGGGAGCCCCGCCCGUGUUCUCCCUGGACCUGCUGGGUUUGGGAGUCCUGGAGGACCUCCUGAUGGAGGCUGGAGGGGCCGCCCCCCUUCCCCACGGAGCGUCCAGGGACCACGGGAGGAGGAGCCGAUUCAGUAUGGAACAGCAGGACUGAGGAGCCAUGGUGCUCAUCUACGUUACCAGGGUUCACCUGCAGUGCAUUGACGAGGGGAAGCCAUUGUAGCCUGGUUAAGGCUGUAGCCAGGUUUCUUAAGGGCCGUUUGAGACCCGAGCCCGGUUAGGUAACCUGCCUCCCCCUAGACGGAACCAGGGUCAGGGCAGCUAGGUAACCUCCAUAACGUUAUCCUUAUCAAACGUUAUUAAUCACGCAAACACCGUAAACGUUAUAACUUUAGUAAUGAGUAUGUUAAUCCUGGUUUACUGAAGUGUAAUGUCUAGUAAUGAGUAUGUUAAUAAUAGUUUAAAGUACUGUAAUAGGCCUAGUAAUGAGUAUGCUUACACUAGUUUAAAGUACUUUAAUAGGCCAGUAAUGAGUAUGUUAAUGAUAGUUUAAAGGAGUUUAAUAGGCCUAGUAAUGAGUAUGGUAAUAAUAGUUUAAAGUAGGCCUACUGUAAAAGGCCUAGUAAUGAGUCCCUCAACGACCUAUAUGGAACAUAUGGCCUGUGUUAACUAUAUGAACUAGCUAAAUGUGUAGUUAAAGGUCCCAUGGCAUGACAGUUUCACUUAAUGAGGUUUUCUAACAUGAAUAUGAGUCCCCUUAGCGGCUUAGCCUGCCUAUGCUCCACCAGUAGCUAGAAAUGGCGUUAGGAGUGAAACGAGCACUAGGUAUCCUGCUCUGCCUUUGAAAAAAAAAAAGGUUGUGCCUCGGCAGCGGGGCUCCGGUGGGAGACAAUCGUGGUUCUCCUCCAUGUCACCGUUCAGUCAACUUCAGAUUGAUGUGGAAGUGGAAGAAUCAGAGACGUCGGAGAACCCGACGCAGUCGGUUUGAGAUUCAUAAUAUCGUCUGGAGGGGCACACAUCUUUUGUCCGUGACAAUAUAUAGGCCUAUUAUAUGAUAUAGUUAUCUAUGUACAAUAUGAUGUUAUUUAUAGAGCUCCAGGACUCCCGCCGGAUCACCCAGAGUGUUAUUGAAUAUUUAGCCCACAGUACACGGCAAAAAGCUGUGCGCGCCUCGCCAUUGCGAUACAUCCACGGUAACACGAGCGCACGGUAGCCUACCGUGGCCGCAAGCACCAUCCACCUUGACCCGCCUCUAAAAAACGGCACGUUUGUGGAAAGCUCUUUGUGGGACUGGCUCAUAGUGGCUGUAAUUCUGCAACAAGGCUGAAUUAACACACUCCAAGACAAGUUACUACGACACACUCUCACUCUUCUUCUUACUUGACUGUAACACUGAUUUGAUUCAACCAUUUCAAACUGUAGAACAGUUCAGCUAUUCUAAUUUGAUCUAACUUUAUUGUGUAUGUAUGUUUUAUCACAUUAGCUAUUUCUUUAACUCUUAAACUUUUUUGGAUUUCAACCAUUUGGAAUUUUCCAAAUGGUAUGAAUGUGUCCGUUAACUCCUCGUUUCACUUGAUGCAAGCCAUUCAACAUUUAUUUACGUCUUUAAAUAUGCCGCUUUAUUAAACCAUAUUUUCAAACUCACUUUGCACUACAGCACACAAUGCAUUUUCUAGUGGUCGUUAUGGUCCUCAACAUGCGCGCAGAUUCAUGCGCGCAGAUGUUACUAGGGACGGGGGGGAUAUGACGCCCUCAGAUUCAUAGUGAUCCCCCCCCCCCCCCCCCCACUGUCUACAUAAGGCGACAAACAUAGCUGGAAAAAUGAGGAUUAAUGUUCCGUUAGUUAGACUAAUAUAGGCCUACAUGCAGCGCGCAUUGAGAGCCCGGCGUUUGUGUGCUACGACUAAUGGUGCGUUCCUCUCGUGCAUGAAUGUCGGUAUUUCCGAGCUCCAAGUAAGAAUUUUUAAUCAGAACCCCCUCCCCCCCCCCCCCCCCCCCCCCCCGUGAAGUCGGACCUCCAACUCGGAAAGUCAGAUAUUAAUCUCACCAGCCAGACAUAGAAUUCAUGCUAUAUUCUACUCAUGUAAACAGUAGUUAGUUACAUGUUUUGUUGUACGUUUGUGAGGCUGGGAAGCACUGGGAGCACUCAAAUUUGGGGUUACGUUGUUUCGAGCUCCAAGUUCCGACUUUCAGUGUAAAUUGAACACACCAUAAGGCAUCACUCUCACUCCCCAGGGUCCUAAAGAGGAUGGCACUUGCGGCUGUACCUGUUGUGGUGAUCAUUGUCUAUGACAGAGCGGGUGCUUCAUGAAGAAACAAAAUGAAGAAGCAAACAAAAAUCAGAGCGUUUUUUCAAAAAACAAACAUAUUAAACGGCAUUUGCUCUUACCUGAAAUAGGCUCAAUGUAAAAUAAAAGUAUUUUUAGGCCGUAGGUGAACAGCUUGAAUGUUUUUUCAUUUUUAUGUAUAAUCUUAUUUUAACAAAAAAAAUACUAAAUAAAUUGUGAGUGUGCCUGGCUCUGGCCCAUAUAUUAA